AUGUCUACAGAAGGAGAAUUCCACAUCAUCAAAGAGGCCAUUGUCGAUGGAGAACCAAUCAAUUCAACUAGAACAGAACAAUAUAUAACCGCCUCCCCAGAUAGUAAUAUAUCAUCAAUCCAACAUCAUUUAUUCAUCAAAUCUACAAGACCAAGAUAUGUGGAAACACUACAAGAUGUAUCAACUCUUCAUCAAUUCUUAAAAGAUCAAUUAUCGUUUGAUGAAGAAUCACCAAUAUUAGAAUACUCAACUUCUCGUAUUCGUCAUUAUGAACCAAUCUUGGGAUAUGAGAAUUUAAGUGAUAUUUAUGAUUAUUCUAAAAGAUUUGGAACAGAUCCAGCAGAGAUUUUGCAAAGAUUGGAUGCUCUUUAUGGGGCAAUCAAAGAUUGGGAUCUUGAUCAAGUUGGUAGAAUUAUCGAUAAUGAAAGGUUUAAUAGAUAUGUGGAACUUUUACAAGAUGUUGAUGAGGUGAGAAUGGAGAGAGAGUUUAAAGAGAGAGUUAUUAAAAGAAUGAUUAUUGAACAGAUUAGUAGUAUUGUUAGACCAAUUAAAAAUGAUCGUUCAAUUAAAGAGAAGGAGAUUAAUUUGGUGAUAUUGUUGAAUUCAAAUUGA